AUGGCGCAUCCCAGAACAGGCAAGUACACUGCUCUACGAGUUGACGGUCGAACGCGGACGCUACAUACCAGCCAUCGAAAGCUCAACAAGCUAGCGAGCCAAAUCAUCGGCAAACCUAUCGAUUAUGCCAUUCUUCAGAUGAAAUUUAGCGAGAAGCGCGUAUCAAGACAUGUCGAACGACUUCUUCUCGAGACAAAGGAGCGGGCUCAAGGGCUCCAGAUGAAUCUCGACGAGCUGGUCGUAAAGGAGGCGUGGGUCGGAAAGGGCGCAGAUAUGCCGAAGCGGAUAGAUAUUCGUGCGCGAGGGAAGUUUGGCACGAAGAUGCGCUACCGUGCGCAUAUGACAGUCCGGCUGGGUCGAGGCGAGACACCGCAGGAGAAGUACGAAAAGAAGAUGCAGCGGGCUUUGGAUAAAAUCCGAAUCGCAGAGCCGUUGAACAAUGACAAGAAGAUAAGAUUUCCGAGGGGGCAAUGGGCAUGGUAG